AUGCAACAAAGAGAAAUCUGUGACCAAUGCUCACACUCAACUACCAAUAACAUGUUGACGUCGUACCUUGAAGAUUUGGUUGUAGAGAUUGAUCUGACCAAUAAACUGCUUCUUGCAGCCCCAAGACAUGGUCGAGAUUCAUAUCCAUCCGAUGAAGGAACCACUGGAGUUCCAGGAGGAGUAAGAAGCCUAUCAAAUAUAAAGGCUCAGGAGAUUAUUAGAGUACGAGUACUGGAAUUGAUUAUUAGAAAAACUGAUUAUUAUGAUAAUCUGCUAAAAUUGUUUUGCUCAACUCUUAAGGCUUUUAGAUUUUAG